CUACGCACACGCCGUAUACCCCGUGUGGAGCCAAGUGGCACGGAGUUACUGAAAUUGGAAAUGCGCCCCAACAUUCAGUAGCUCAUUAUCGUGAUCAGUUAUCAUUGAUUCGUCCGGGCCAGUUUCUGUGGACACCAUAUACAGAUUGUAUCCUGCCCGAUUACUGCAUUGAUUCGACCACAUCCUACUUGUGCGACACAUAUUUGGUGUGCUGGUCAUUUGUCGAGGCACACGAGGCUGGACGCGUUUGCCGACAAAUCAACCGCUACCAGCGUAUUCCUCAGUAUUGUGAUAGGAUGCUACAUAAUGCCGGACAUCUGUCUAAAAGUCACCGCCGUGGGAGGAAGGGCGCCGAUUGGGCUAAGGUACAUAAAUUCUACAUUGAAGAAUGGGAUUUGAGACACCACAGGUUCCAAGCAAAUUUUGAUCAUGCCACGAUGACCAUGGAUGGUAGCAUUCAUCCGGGCUAUAUGGCGUGGUUCAAUAGGAUCACAGUGUCGUACCUAGUUCAACCUGCGACACAGUCAACGGUUGGGAUGAACGAGUCAGCAUCUUCUAUGAUGAAAUUGGUCGAGACCAUUCAGGGGAUAUGGCAUUUGACCUCUGAACACGACACAGACCCUCGAUUACGGCAGAUUCGUGCAAUGGCUGCUGAGGCGCUUCGUACGACGGACCAUACUGAUGUGAUGGAGUAUCCAACAUCGCAACGGCGAAAUGUGGUCAUGCCGCCACGCCCACCAACUUCUCUUCGUCAUGGACUGCCGGGUGUCCGGACGGGAGGACACGGGAUUACACGACAGCAUAGGUUGUCGCAGCAGCAACCGCCGCAACCUGAUUAUGCGGUACCAGAGCCCUUGAGUCCGGAGCACGAUCCCCCAGGAUGGUCUCAGUUGAGUGGUGCAAGCCACGAGCCCUCGCAAUGGGGAGCACGGGCAUCAUGUGAUUCGUUCUUUGGCGGUGGGUCUGAUUGGGGUGCAACUCAACCAGGGCGUGAUUCAUACUUUCAAAAUUAUCAAUUUGUUGAUCCUGUGGGGGAAGAAGAGGGCGGGGAAGAAGAAGAAGAAGAAGAAGAAGAGGGCGGGGAAGAAGAAGAAGUCGGCGGGGAAGAAGAAGACGAAGUAAUAUUCCGACGAACGUCCGAGGGAUCCUCACGACCAGCUAUGAAGAGUUCAUCAAGUGCGAUUGGGAGGGCUAUGCACAAUGUAUUAAGGGGAUUGUCAACAAGGAAGAACAAAGGGAAAGCUCCGACAAAGUUCACGCCUUCAACUAGAUAGAUUUCGAAUGUGAUUCGUUCUUUCGGAAUGUAUGAAAGUAAUUUGUUUUGAACAAUUUUUGAUGUGAUGAAACAGGUUGUCAUCUCACAUAUUUUCUAUCCUGCAA